GUUUGUAAGUGACUUUUGAACGAGAUUAUUUAAUCAGUCCACGAUCACGGUGGUGUAUAACUUGCCUUACUUUUUAAAUACGGAACGAGUAAAUCUUAUCAAAAAGUAAUAUAAACAACAAGCUACUAAUCGCGAUGUCAAGCACAUCAAGUGCGACUAGCAAACUUGCCAUCGGUAUUGGGGUCACGCUUGCCACUGGACUGACUUACUGGUACUACCUGCAAUGGAAGAAACGCAACACAGUGCCCGAGAAAUGGCGUCGCGUUGGCACUUUGGAACAAAUCAACAUAUUUCCAAUAAAAUCAUGCGCACCACUAAAAUUGGAAGACAGCACGGAGAUCGAUUGCGAUAUUUUGGGCUUGAAAUAUCUGGGCUGCCGCGAUCGUACGCUAAUGGUCAUCAAUGACUCGAAUGAAAUGAUCACCGCACGCGCUUAUCCACGCAUGGUCUUGAUUGCCACAAAGUUGUUGGCGCCACAGCGUUUGAUAUUAAGCGCACCUGGCAUGGAGACAAUCGAAUUGGAUUUGGGCGCUUUAAAAGCCGAUGGUGAGCAGCUGAAAACAAUGGUGUGGAGCACACCGGUGCAGGUGCGUUCGGUCGGUGCAAAAUAUGACAAGUGGCUGUCCAAAUAUCUGCUCGAUAAGGAGAGUGGCAUGCGUCUGGUGCACUAUCCGCUGGAGAAGCCGGUGAAGGCCAUCAACUCGCGCAUGGUGCGACAGCCAUUCAUUUUGAAAGAUGAUCGUGGCACCUUCAACGAUGCUACGAGCUAUAUGCUAAUGAAUUUGGCAUCGAUUAAGGAGCUUAAUACUCGCAUACCGCGACCAGUGGAUCCGUUGCAGUUCCGUGGUAGUUUCCAACUGAAAAUGGACACUGAUGAGCCUUACGCCGAGGAUCAUUGGCAAUGGGUGAAGAUCGGCGAUGAAGUCAUCUUUCGUGUGGUAGCACCGUGCACACGCUGUAUCUUCCCGAAUAUAAAUGUGAAUACGGCAAUACGUGAUCCCGAUGGCGAACCUUUGAAUACGCUCAAGAAAUAUCGCUUGUUCAAAGGCUACGCAACCCCAGCCAUUGGCAUACACUUGGGUCUGCGCUCUGCCGGAAGUGUCAAGAAGAACGCAGUAGUCUAUGUAGAGGAUAAGUGAGGUAUUUUACUUAAGACAAUGUAAUAUUUUGGAAGACUUUUUACUGAGGAGUGUAAAUAUAUAUAAAAUAUGUUUCCAUAUA